AUGGUUUUAAAUAGACCUCUGCCUAUCUCCGAGGCAUGGCAGACCCCAGAUGUCUACAUUGAGGCCCUCCUCUCUUUCUCCACUACAUCGGUGCUCUUCAUGAACUUAUGUGGUGGCAUACACAUGGUCGAUUUUCUGACCCGCGAGCCCGAUCUUUAUACAACAAGUUUACCAGAAGACUGGAGAGAAUUUUCUACACACCAUGACAUUCAAGAUAUUAUUCAUUUACUUCUUCGAGAGGAUAUCGACCCAUUGCGAAACACUGCCGUGGAUCAAGGCAGCCGGAUGUGGAAUGGGGGAGCAUUUCCUCCCCAGACCCUCCUGGACUACAUCCACACCGUCCGCCAACUGACACUACAGCGGGAAAUUCGUGCGCCAACCCCGACCAGCGAAUUGCCCAAGCAAGUUGCAAUGCGUAUGAAUCGAAAAAAAGUGCAUGAAGUUGAACAUUUCUCCCAAUAUGUCGCAUCACUAUCAGAAACCGUUCGUCAACGCCGAGGGGAACCAGUAUCUCAUAUUGUGGACUUCGGGUCUGGACAGAACUACCUUGGACGGACGCUGGUCAGUCCGCCCUAUCAUAAACACAUCAUCGCAAUCGAGCGUCAGCAUCAGUAUAUCAGUGGCGCCAAGACCAUGGACGUUCGAGCCAAGUUGGCUGAAAAUCCCAAAGCGCAAUACGUACGGAAAGAGAAAGAUUCAACCGACGGUCAACCCGAUGGCCAAGACGGUAGUCCAAAAAUGUCUGCGUUGGAAGCGACGAGUGCUGAGAAAUUAACCGUGGAGGGUUUGCAAAUUGCACAGGGUGAUUCAAACCUUGAAAUGCUGGGCGAGAUCAGCCUGGAUCCUGAGGAACUACUUGGAUCGGUUACCAAAAGCCCACAACCAGAAAAGCCGUCGAAGGAGGAGGUUAGUGCGCGUGGUACUCUCAGCUAUAUCGAGCAUGACAUCCAAGAUGGAUAUCUGGAGCCAGUUGUCGACCACAUCAUCCAUACUCCCAUUGAAAAUGGCGCUAGCAAACGAGAAGAGAGCAGUGCUAACUUGAUGGUCGUCUCCCUCCACUCCUGCGGAAAUCUUGUGCACCAUGGUAUAAGAUCUCUGAUCCUGAACCCUUCAAUUGUAGCAGUCGCCAUGAUCGGCUGCUGCUACAAUCUGGUGACUGAACGUCUGGGCCCAAGCAAACACGAGCUCCCUGUUCUGCAAUCCCUCCACCCUCGACUCAAAGAAGCUGGAGCAUCAUAUGACCCACAUGGAUUCCCCAUGUCCCGGCACUAUGAGAAUUACCGAAGCCCUGGAGCAACGACAGGAAUGAAGCUCAACAUCACAGCCCGCGCAACAGCCGUGCAAGCACCAUACAACUGGGGUCCAAAGGACAUCGAAAUAUCAUUCACGCGCCAUUUCUUCCGCGCUCUACUGCAGCGGAUCCUCGUUGAUCGAAAUGUCAUUCCCAGGCCCUCUGUGUCGGAAGACACUCCCAUCGAGGAAAAGCCAUAUGCCAGCAAAGCGGACUCUAUAAUCAUUGGCGCAGUACCCAAGUCUGCCUACAAGUCAUUUAAUGCAUACGUUCGUGCAGCGACGAUAAAAAUGAGCCAAGACCCGAACUAUGGAACUCUAGUUCAGGAGCAUAUUGCCAUAAUGACAGACGAAGAGAUCAACGACUACGAGACUCGGUACCUUCAUGCAAAGAAACAUAUGAGUGUGGUAUGGAGUCUUAUGGGAUUCAGUGCCCAGCUUAUCGAAGCUAUCAUCGUCGUGGAUCGGUGGCAAUUCCUUCGUGAACAGGACUCUGUGAAAGACUGCUGGGUUGAGCCGGUCUUUGAAUAUGGUUAUAGCCCGCGUAACCUUGCAGUCAUUGGAUUGAAGAAGUGA